AUGACGCUUUUCCCGGGGGUUGCCAUAACUACUGGUGCCGCGUCUGGCAUUGGCCGAGCCAUUGCUCUCGCAUUUGCCACCGCUGGAUACCAAGGAAUCACCAUAGCCGACCGGUUAGCCGAAGGGUUGGCGCAAACGCAGGAAUUGAUUGCCAAAGAAGCCCCAAAUGCAGCGGUCGAGACGAUCGUGAUCGACGUCGCACAGCUCGAGUCAGUAAUAGCCAUGGCAGUGUGCACCGUGGCACGCUGGGGACGUAUUGACCUCACUGUCAACGUUGCGGGAAUACAGGGCCCGGCGCAGCGCUCAACAGCGCUCACUCUUGAUGAGUUCGAUGGGAUUCAAAAACGUCAAUUAUCGUGGUCUAUGGCUUACUCCAAGGAAAAUAUCCGUAUCAACUGCGUAUGCCCUGGCCUGGUUGAGUACAUGUUCUCUCUGCUUCCUGUCUCUUUCGAGGAGCAACGCAAGUUUUUUGCACCCGCUAUCGCCAUCGCACCGAUAAACCGGAUGGGUCAGCCAUCGGAGAUUGCAGACGUGUGCUUGUUUUUGUGUAGCAGCAAGGCGAGUCUUGUGCAGGGUGCCUCCAUGGUGGCCGAUGGGGGGUAUAUGAUUAACUAA